AUGGCUACCAUUGUUGUUCCUGCCAAUGUUUCUUAUGUUGAAGAUGCUGAGACUCUCAGAAAAGCUUUUGAAGGAUGGGGUACCAAUGAGAAGGCAGUGAUUGCAGUUCUUGGUCAUAGAAAUGCAGUUCAAAAGAAGCACAUCAGGCAAGCAUAUUGGGAUCUUUACCAAGAGGAUCUGGUUAAGCGUCUUGAAUCUGAGCUCGGUGGAGACUUUGAGAGAGCUAUGUAUAGAUGGAUAUUGGACCCAGAAGAUAGAGAUGCAGUAUUAGCUAAUGUAGCUCUAAGGAAAUCUGGUGAUUUCCAUGUUAUUGUUGAAAUUGCUUGCGCCCGAUCUGCAGAGGAGCUUUUGCUGGUUAGGAGAGCCUAUCAGGCUCGCUACAAGCAUUCUUUGGAAGAAGAUGUAGCUACCCAUACCACUGGUGAUAUCAGGAAGCUAUUGGUUGGGUUGGUGACAGCAUUUAGGUAUGAAGGUGCAGAGAUAAAUACAAGAUUGGCAAAAUCUGAAGCUGAUGUUCUUCAGGAAGCAAUUAAGGACAAACACUUCAAUCAUGAUGAAGUUAUCAGAAUCCUCACUACAAGGAGCAAGACACAGCUCAAUACUACUUUCAAUCACUUUAAAGAUGACCAUGGCACUUCUAUUACUAAGGCUUUGCUGGGAGAGAAAGCUGACAAUGAAUUUGUAAGAUUGUUGCGCAUAGCCAUUCGAACCAUGAACGAGCCUCUUAAGUACUAUGAGAAGGUAUUGCGCAAUGCUAUUAAAAGGAUUGGGACAGAUGAGGAUGCGCUCACUCGAGUGAUUGUCACAAGAGCAGAGAAGGACUUGCUGCAUAUUAAGGAACUCUACCACAAGAGGAACAAUGUGCCUCUUGAUCAUGCAGUGGACAAAGAAAUUCAUGGAGAUUACAAGCAUUUCCUCCUUGCUCUGCUUGGACACCAGGACUAA